AUGACCACCAGGAAAAUUGCCCCAAAAUCCUUGUUAAAUGAAUUAAAAGAAAAAUGGCAACAAUUACAAACGGUUCCCAAUAUCUUUGCCUAUCGUCUAAAUGUGACGGAGAGUAAAAUUCUCCCAGGAGAAUAUGGUUUUUAUUCUGAGUUUAAUCCCGAACGAACGGCCUUGCGUAGAGCACCACAAACAAUUAUAUCCUUGGAUCCGGUAUUUAACGAAGAGAAAUUCAAUUUUAAGAAAAUUAAACCCGAAGAAUGUCUAAUGAAGGUGGAGUAUGAGGGCAGUAAGAUUUCCAUGAUUAUUAACAAUAGCCCCUUGACACUAUAUCACACACUUAUUUGCCCCGAUGUUCAUAUGGGUUUACCGCAACGUAUUUGUGAGAGAGCUCUACGAUUUUGUGUUGCCUUCCUUGAGGAUCUUAUGGAAAACGAUGAAAGGAAUUUUCGUAUUGGUUACAAUAGUCCCGGAGCAUUGGCAUCGGUCAAUCAUUUGCACUUGCAUUUAAUGUACAUUGAAAAGGACUUGUAUAUUGAUCGGGUGAACCUAGAACUUCUCAGCCAACCAGAUGUAUUCCGUCUUGCACCCAAUAUGCCCACAGAGGCAAUAUGUUUUCAAAUAAAACCCAGCGAUUCCGAUUCAGCAAAACUUAAAACAGUACAAAAAUUAAAUAAAUUCCUACAAUGGUUGUGUACAAAUAAUAUGCCACAUAAUUUAUUUUUAACACCGGAAAGAAAUCCUCAGCACAAGGAAAAACCCUUAAAAAUAUUUGUUUUUGUACGACAAGAAUAUUGUAUUGUUAAAAAUCUCAAUACCUAUAAUAUAGGAUUUUGUGAGCUGGCUGGAUAUGUACCAGUGGGCGCAAAACAAUUCUAUGAACAAUUGAACGAAAAGGAAAUAAUCCAAAAAAUUAAUCAAGAAACAGGCAGUGUUUUUAGUAAAAUAUAUAAUUAUUUUAUAAAUGUCAAUUAG